AUGAACAAGACGGACUGCGACUUUCCCGCCACGGCACCAGCCAACGCAAUCGUGCUGCACCCCCCGCCGCCGCCGACGGCCAGCAUAACCGCUCCGGCCACCAACGCCGCCACCGACUCUGCGACCGGCGACACCGACGCCGCGGCCCGCGUCGCCGCCGACUGUCCGUGGGCGUGGACCUACCUCUCCACGCACAUCUGUGACGCCGCCACCACUGCGCCGAGUACCGGCGUCACGGGCGUCUAUGGCCCCCCUAUCACCACGACGAAGAACGCAGCGCCGAGCUCGGCUCCCGCUCAUGGCACCGCGCCGCGCUCGGCGGGAGACAAGGUCCAUGCUGCUGUAUCGGUGGUACUUGUCGUCCUCGUCAUACAUGUGCUCGUUGCGCUGUACCAGUAG